UGAUUAACUCAUGAUUUCAACGACAGUGAAGAAAAAUGAAAAAGGAGUGGAACUAAACGGUCUCUUUACAGCAAUAUACCACUCCUCCAUAAGAAGAGAAGUAUCCAAAACUCACUUUUUUUUUUUUAAUUUUUUUUUUAAAUUUUCUCUUCUGAAGAGCUAUACACACGCAUGUAUAUGCAUAUAGAGUAGAGGCAGAGACUUAUGACCUAUCUACCUACUAUUAGGCCUCACUUGCUCUUUUAUCUUCGGAAGCCGCUCUUUCAAAACCGUUAUAACUUGGUUUCCAAUUUCCAAGCCUAUGACACUGCAAGGUUUGGUAUCCAUGGCAAUAAACCCUUUAUGCCUACCUUACUUCAUUGCUCUGCUCACGUUAGCCACGCUAACAUAUGGAGGUCAAGUUGGGGAUCCCCAAGCCGGAUUACUAUGCAUCAGUGACUGCGCCACGUGUCCAGUCAUAUGUUCACCGCCGCCUCCUAUUUUACAGUCACAUCCACCACCAUCACCGUCAUUGCCAACAUCACCUCCGCCAGAGCACCACUCGCCACCCCAAUCUUACUACGGCUUCCCGCCGCCGCCAUCAGCACCAUCGACCCCACCACCAUCACCUCCGUCGCCACCACCCUCGCCGCACAAAGAAACACCGCCAACAUCUCCUCCAUCACCGUCUUGGUAUCCUUCAUGGGGCACUCCUCCGCCUCCUUUUAACUAUUUCAAUCAGCCACCUUCAGGUCCGCUGACACCGACAAGAGGACCACAUGACUAUUCCUAUCCUUACUACUAUUUUUACUCCUCUGAGGCUUCUUCUCUUUUCUCUGUUCAUGUUUCUUCCUACUUCCUCAUUCUGUUGUUUUUUCAAUUUGUGUUUUGUUGCUGGUGGUGAGAUGCUGUACAUAUUUUCCCCUGUUUAUAGGUUUCAGUUUAUGUAAUUUGUUACAAUUUUUUCUGUCAAUCUUGUAAUGUUUGUAGAUAAACCAAAAUAUAUAUGAUGUUGUUUGUUUCAACUAAUAUGAUUUUUCAGAUAAAUUUGUUUAUCGUGUU